AUGACUGCACGCGCCAGCGCUCCCGCCUUUGGCUUCGCCCCACCCUGUGGCAGCGGUCCCGGUUGUUGGGUACCAGCCGCCAACGGCACCAUUCCGCCCAGCGCUGUUGAGGGUGGCUUCGAUGGCAGCGAACAAUUAUAUAUUGGUCGCGCUCGUCACGAGGGUGACCUCAUUCCCGGUAAACUACAUCCAUCACAUGGUGUUUGUUACAUUGCUUGGGGAGGCGGCGAACACGGUCAUGGCGAAUAUGAAGUUUUGUGCUCAGGCGGCGGUCAAUGGGUGCCCGUAAAGGAUGGUAACAUUCCACCAAAUGCCUUCCCUGGUGGCGAGACCUCUGACGGUGAGCCGCUAUUCAUUGGCCGCGCCACACACGACGGCACCAUCACCGUGGGCAAAGUUCAGCCAUCGCAUGGAUGCUGUUACAUUCCAUAUGGCGGUGAAGAGGUGGCCUACAAGGAGUUUGAAAUCUACAUUGCGGCCUAA